AGUAGUGACGGGGAGAAGGACUCUGGGAAGGCAGGGGCAUCUGGGAAAGGAAGAGAGAGAGAGGCUGUAGACGUAGAAGGCAGAAUAAGAAGGUAGAGGGAGAAGGCAGGAGGGCCCACAGAUCAGAGGGAGAGAAAAGGUCACAAGAAGCAGACUGAAGCGAGAAGAGGACUGCGGAGAGAGGGAGCUAGGCAGACAUGAAGCUGCGGGUAUCUUUGGCCAGCCUCCUGCUGGCCCUGUGCCUGGGCAGUGGGGCAGCUGGUCCACUGCAGGGCUCUGGGACAGGAGCUGGACAAGAGAUGGGUGGUACCAUUGGGAAUGCCGUUGGUGAAGGAGCUAAAGAGGCAGUCAGCUCUGGAAUCAAGGAUGCUAUUGACCAAGGGGACAAAGGAGAAGGCAGCUCUUCAUCCAGAGAGGCCAGAGGAGAUACACUCGGCAAUAGGCUUGGGGAAGCAGCCCAUGGUCUUGAAAACACAGGGAAUGAGGCUGGCAGACAGGCGGAGGACAACAUUCGACAUGGAGUGAAUGCUGCCCACAACCCCUCUUCUUGGGGAACAUCUGGAGGACACGGCAUGUUUGACUCUUAUGGUAGCUAUGGAGGCCAGGGCCAGGGAAAUUUUGGAGGUCCAGGGUCUCCCUCAGGCUAUGGAAACCUUGGAGGCUCAGGAGGCAGCUUUGGAACCAACUCCUUGGGAGGCUCCUUGGGGCAGGGAGGCCAUGGAGGGUACCCCAACUUUGAGACCACUGCUCAGGGGUUUGUGGCCCAGCCUGGCUAUGGUUCAGUGAGAGGUGGCAGCCAGAAUUCAGGGUGCACCAACGCCCCACCUACCAGCUCUGAUGGAAGCUCCGGAGGCUCCAGGGAAAGCAGCAGCCACAGCAGUAGCAGUGGUAGCAGCAGUGGCCAUGGUGGCAGCAGCAGUGGCCAUGGUGGCAGCAGCGGUGGCCACAGUGGCAGCAGCAGUGGCCACAGUGGCAGCAGUGGCCACAGUGGCAGCAGUGGUGGCCAGGGUGGCAGCAGUGGUGGCCAGGGUGGCAGCAGUUCCGGGUCCAGCCAUGGCAUAGAAACUUCUAGGGAUUUUGAUCAAAGCUUUUCAGUCUCCAAGGGAACUGGGUCUGAUACAGGCAGCCGAGAUACAAGUGGUGGUGGAAACAGACCUGAGUGUGACAACCCAGGAAAUGAAGCCCGCAUAGCUGGAGGAUCUAGGGGUGAGGAAAGCAGAGAGAGCAGUAGACUUGGGAGCUCCCAGGGCAACUCUCAGAGACAAGGAUCCAGUGACAACAGUGGCAGUGAAGAAAGUGAGGUAGUCAGUGAGCUCAAUUCUGUGGACACUGAGACAUCUCCUGGAGUCUUCAACUUUGACAAUUUCUGGAAGAAUUUUAAAUCCAAGCUGGGUUUCAUUAACUGGGAUGCCUUAAACAAGGGCCAUGUCCUGUCCCCUAACACCCGGGCCCUCCUCUACUUCCGAAGACUCUGGGAGGAUUUCAAACGAAAAACUCCUUUCUUUAACUGGAAAGAAAUUACUGAGGGUGUAGACAUGCCAUCGAUGCAGAAGAGGGCGGACGUCGCUACUCAGAACUACUAUAACAACCAGCAGGCGUAUCCCACUGUGCCCAGCGGGCAGCACUCAGUGAGGAACACCCCCAAGCAGGGAGUAGCCACUGCUUCAUCCUCGGCUUCCCGGGCACAACCUGGUCUGCUGCACUGGCUGAAGUUUUGGUAGAAAAUUAUUUUUGGCCGAUACUGAGACCUCCCGAACACCAGCCAGUCUUCAAACGGCCCAGCCUCACUUCCCCCAGCCUUCCCAGCCAUGCCACCCUCCCGGGUGCUGACAGCCACGUGUGCUGGGGUGGGGACCCGGUUCAUCUGCUCCUUGCUUCUUCCCACUCUGCUGUGGUGUCUUGGUGAUGACCAGCUUCACCGGAAUAAGCAGCCAUUUUCCUCACCUACUCUAUUUUGUGACCUGACAUUUUUCCAGAAGGAAAAAAAAAAAAAAAUACAGCUUAUUUUUGAGUUUCUCUGUGGAAAUAAAACAUGAAUCCUGGUUCCCAAA